GAACGAAUGGCAGCUGCUGCUCCUUCUCCGACAUAAAUCAACACGUGUUUACGUACAAAAUGCAGGGAUUCGUGUGAAAUCUCUCUUUUCCAAAGCUGACUUUGUAUUUAGAGCGCUUCUGAUAGUUUCUUGGAUGUGCCCACCCCUCGCCUCACGUAAUUCUUUUUCUUGUCCAAUCCUGCCCCUUCCCAAAAAGUUUACGCCAUGCAGCCUAUAAGAACGGCCUAAGUUUCUCUAGGAUCACAAAAGCCUUGUCCUCUCAGGGACGCAUCUAUGGAUACUUUGAAAAUCAGCUACAGGUGGAACCAUUUACUGACUUCAUGAGCGCCAAAUCGUAUUUGCGCACGUCUGGUCGCCAGCUGUCCAAGUGGUGAUGUCCGAGGAAAACCUGGCGGAAGAGUCGGGCAGCUCCCCUGUCUCUCCUGUGGACAGCCUGAGCAACAGCGAGGGGGAGCUGGACAGGCAGCCGAAGAGAUGUGGGAGGAAGAGGAGAGCCAGCAGGAAAAACGGGGAGGACUCAGAUAGCCCGACCCCUGGGAAAAGGGGGAAGAAGUCCAGCAGCAGCAGCCCGCAGUCUUUCGAGGAGCUGCAGUCGCAGCGCGUCAUGGCCAACGUCCGGGAGCGCCAGAGGACGCAGUCCCUCAACGAGGCCUUCGCAGCGCUGCGGAAAAUUAUCCCCACUUUACCCUCAGAUAAACUCAGCAAAAUACAAACCCUCAAACUUGCAGCCAGAUACAUCGACUUCCUGUGCCAGGUGCUGCAGAGCGACGAGUUGGACUCCAAAAUGUCAAGUUGUAGUUAUGUGGCGCACGAGAGGCUGAGCUACGCCUUCUCCGUGUGGAGGAUGGAGGGAGCUUGGUCCAUGUCUACAUCUCACUAGCGUCUGGAGAAACUGUGCCCAGAAUGGUGACUGCUGAUUUUAUCACAUUGUGAUGGGACAAAUGUGGAGUCCAAUGCUGGAUACAUGGGUUCACACUAUUUAAAGACGACAGAGGCUCUGGAUCGUUCUGCUUUUACGUACAGCCGUCUUUUAGCGCCAAAAAACCCAGUUCUGACAACGAAUGUUAAAAAUGACUUUUUUCCUCUUUAUUUUAUUUUUUAUUUGUUUUGGAAGAAAAUUAAAUGUUUAAUGCAUGCCUUUGGACUUAUUGCCGUUGAGGUGAUAAGUGUCUCGGUGAUGGUGUGAGACUGUCAGCUGGUGGACUUGUGGAUCUAACCUGUGCAAGAAAAAGAAUAUUUUCAGAAUACAUUUAUUUAUUUAUUGGUGAUACGUGUUGCAUCGAGGACCAGAUCCUGUGUCUGAAGUACAAAUGCAUUCCUAUUUUUUAUUGUCGUUUCUGUAAAUGUUUGUGUAUAUGUAUUUUUUUUUCAUUAAAGGAAACAUUGCUGAAAUU